CCGAGCAAGAUGGCGCGCGGUGGGAAGAAGCAGAAGCUGCGGCGCCUCGCCAGGGCGCAGAGACGGAGCCGAGGUCCGGGACAGAAGCAACUGAAAAAAGAUCCAGGGGUCCCCAACGUGGCCCCUUUCAAAGCGCAUGCACAGCACGAGGCAGAGAAGAGGAAGCAAAGGAUGGAGGAGCGGAAGGAGAGGCAGAAGGCGGCUCGGGAGAGGGAGCUGGCGGGGCGGCGGAGCCUCGAGGGGCUCCAGCGUGACGCUGAGUGGCGGCGGCAGCAGUUUGAGCAGAGGGAGAGCGACCUGGAGGGUAUCCGCACCCACGUGAACCUGGAGAGCGAAACGUCGCGGAAGGCGUACUACAGGGAAUUCAGGAAGGUGGUGGAGGCCUCAGAUGUGGUGCUGGAGGUGCUGGACAGCCGGGACCCGUUGGGCUGUCGCUGUCCACAGGUGGAACAGGCCGUGCUGCAGUCCGGCACCAGCAAGAGGAUUGUCCUGGUGCUGAACAAGAUUGACCUGGUGGCGAAGGACGUGGUGCAGAAAUGGUUAAAGUAUCUGAGGAACGAGCUGCCGACCGUCGCCUUCAAGGCCUCCACUCAAUUACAGAACAAAAACCUGCACCGGAGCCGGGUUCCCGUGGACCGGGCGUGUGCUGACCUUCUGCAGAGCAGUGCGUGCGUGGGGGCCGACAACCUGAUGCGUCUGCUGGGGAACUACUGCCGUAACCAGGGCCUCAAGACCGCCAUCACCGUGGGAGUGGUCGGAUUUCCGAAUGUCGGGAAGAGCAGCCUCAUCAACAGCCUGAAGCGAGCACGUGCCUGCAAUGUAGGGGCCACCCCCGGCGUCACCAAGUGCCUACAGGAGGUUCACCUGGACAAGCACGUCAAGCUGCUGGACUGCCCGGGCAUCGUCAUGGCCAGCUCCUCGUCAGAUGCCGCCGUCAUCCUCCGCAACUGCGUGAAGAUUGAGCAGCUGGCGGACCCCGUCCAGCCGGUAGCCGCCAUCCUGCGUCGCUGUAACAAGGAACAGGUCCGGCAGCACUACGGGGUCGGGGAUUUCCGAGACGCCCGGGAGUUCCUGGCACUCCUGGCCCGGCGGCUGGGUCGGCUGAAGAAAGGCGCCGUGCCGGAUCACGAGAAGGCCGCCAGGACUGUCCUCUCGGACUGGACCAGCGGCAAGAUUCGUUACUUCACUCAUCCCCCCGAGACUCACACCCUUCCCACGCACAUCAGCGCCGAGAUAGUCAGCGAGCUGGGCAAAGCCUUCGACAUCGAGGAGCUGGAGAAGGGAAACCUGGAGGCCCUGACUGAGAUGGCAUCUCCGCCGGAGGAGGCCGGGAUCUGCAUGGAAACGGCGGGCCCCACCUGUGGCGAGAGUCCACUGCCCCCGGACACCGAAAUGGCAGAGGAUGGAGCGAGCCGAGAGAAGGACCGCACCGAGAGCUCUGACGGACAGGUGGGGGCGAUGACGGUGCUGCUUGACGGGGGACGAACCAGGCCGGCGCAGGAGCCGGGGAGCUGGGGGGAGCCGGGGCGCUGGGACCUGAACUCAGUCCGCGAGGUGGAGCCCCUGCGGCAGGGGCAGGCGCUCAGGGCGGCCAACAGGAGGCGCCGGCGGCUGCAGAAACGGGCAGACAAACUGGCCGCCAAGCUGUCGGACACCCUCAAUGCAGCCAUGGACCUGUCGCUGGGGGAGUGAGGGCAGCUGCAGGGUCCUCACCCCCCACUCUCCUCCCGCCAGCAACCAGAGAGAGUGGAACCCCUCUCCCAGCGCCACUUCAGAGCGUGGGGACACCGAAAUAAAUGUAAACUCCACGGGUGCGGCACUGUCAGAUUCAAGUUUAAUUAUCAUUCAGCCAUGCAUGGGUAUAGCCAAACAAAACAGCACCUUGCUCCAAGUCCCUGUGUGGUGUGAUUCCAGAUGGCAAGUUCGCCUGGUUCAGCUUGUUCUUUCACCAACUGAACUCUGGGGGGCAGCACUGAGAGAACACCGCAGGGCAGGGCAGCACCAAGCAAACACUGGAGGGCAGCACUGAGUGAGCACCACAGGGCAGGGCAGCACCGAGCAAACUCUGGGGGGCAGCACUGAGUGAGCAACACAGGGCGUGGCAGCACCGAUGGGAGGGGCCAGCCUCCAACCCAUUACUGAUUUUGACCUCUCUGCAGGAUGGGAGAGUCAUCCUUCACCCACACACAUACCAAAUGGUGGGGGCAAUAAACCCAC